AUGCCCGUCGUUUCGCAGGAGCAAGAGCUGAGGGAGCUACUAGAGGCAGCCGUCAACCAAUCAACGUCGUCGUCGUCCAUGCCGGAAGGCGCCGACGUCGACAUGCCGGACAGUCCGGUGUCAGGAUCACGGCAGUUGGCGACGGCGAACGCCGCCGACACCUUAACCGCCGCCGACAAAGGUCAACAUAGCGGCGACGCCCUCACGGCAGAUCCAGCUGGGGGUGGGGGCGGUGGCGGUGGCGGUGGCGGUGCGGCGGCGGGGUCGUAUUCACACCCAGUGGUAGAGCUGUAUAGAUCCAUCGGCCAACCGCUAGAUCAGGCGAGCUUCGAAGAGCUCAAGCGCAGGGUAAAGAGCACCAUGGGGAAGGAUGGUGCGGGGGCGAGUUCAAUGUCGGAGCUAGAGGAUUUCGUGGGCGACUUGAAUCGCUCCAGCGAGGGCGUACUCGAGGGGGGGACGCAGAAGGACAGCCCCUUGCCUCCACCGCCAGCGGCGGCAAUGGAGGAGGAGGAGGAAGAGGAGGAGCAGGAGGAGGUCUUGUCGGUGGGGGAAGAUUGUGAUGCGAUGGAAGGCGUGGAGCAAGGGGGAGGAGGAGGAGGAGGGUUCGAGGAUAGCGGGAUCGCCGAACAGCAGCAGUGUUGCGACGCUGCGGUCAUCCUCAAGUUCACCACGGUCGCCGACGGGAACGAGGCGUCUAGCUUCACGGUGAAGAGGGGAGGGGCGACCGUGGGGCGUGGGUCCUGCAACGACAUCUGCAUCCCGAACGACUCGUGUAUGGGCGAGUCGGAGCACGCGAGCAUUGUGUGGCGGGAGGGCGCGUUCCACGUUGAGGAUAGGGGCCUCCCGUACGGGGCGUCUGUGCGGAUCGGAACGGGGAGGGGGGUGCGAGACUGGCCCCUUGACCAGGGGGCUAUGUUCUCGGCGGGCAACAGCGUUUUCCAUACCACGGAGAUCGACGAGGAUAAGGGCAUGCUGCUGGAGAUAGUUGCCGGUCCCCUGAAGGGGCAAAAGCGGCGAGUUCAGAAGGAUGGUGCCAACAUCGGCCGCGCCACAGAAAGCACCAUCAGCAUCGCCGACCGAGAGCUUUCGCGAAACCACAGCACCAUUGAGUGCGAUGACAACAGCCAAAGCCUUAGCUCCUUCGGGUGGGCAAGCAGCGGCGACGGCGGCGCCGAUGCCGGAGGAGGAGACGACCGCCACUCGGCUGACGCGAAGAAGGACGGUACGCUAGACCUCUCCACCGCGGAGAGCGUUGACGGCAGCAGCGGGCAGGGAGAGGCCGGAGGGGGGCGGAUGGAGUACUACCUCUGCGACGUGGGCAGCACCAACGGGACUUACGUACAGCUGGUGGGACCGUAUGCGAAUAGCCGGCGCUUGGAGCUGAGCGAUCACAUCCUGAUCGGUCGCACGGGUUUCAGCAUCAACCGCUACGACUGGGGCGUUUGGGAGGACCGGGGCGCGCGGAGAUCGAUGGAGGACAAAAGCGUCGUCAUUCAGGAAAUGGGGGGGGAGUCCCUCACGUCGCUCGGCCUGGGACCCCAGAAGUUCCUCGCCGUGGACGACGGAAACGGGGGAGGGGAGGCGAGCACCUUCCUGUGGCAGCGGCUGCACGUGGCGAUAGCGGAAGCGCUGGAGGACUCUACCUCACGUAUCGAGGAAGCUCUGCAGCAGGACCGCGCCGCCGAGCGCCUGGCCACGUUCGGCAGCAGCGGCGGCGGCGGGCAAGCCACGCGCUGCGACGACUGGGACGGGGACGCGACCACGCCGGCGGGAGGAGGCUGGACGCCCUCCGCCGUGUUUUCGAGCAGCAACGGCGGCCCGACACCGCCGAACCCGAGCGUGGAGUCCUUGCUUCACGCGUUGGCGAUGGCGGCGUCGUCAGGCGCUGGGUCGGAGGACGAGCCGCGGUCUGGGGAAGGCGUCGCGGGGCGUAGCGAGUUGCGGUGGGGCUAUGAUACGGCGCCGGCUUGCAUGGAUUCGGGCGAGAGCUCUCCGCGCAGACCUCCGGUGUUGUCCACGGCGCCUAGCCUCCCUCCCGAGUGGCUCUUCGGGGCGAGGGAGGUGGUUGCAAACGCCGCCUGUAGCGAUGAGGCCGCCGCCGCCGCUGCCGCCCCCACGGGGGUAGAGGAGGAGGGUCCGCAACACGACGCUCCGCCGAGAAGCGGUGCGGCUUCGGACACCGGCUCUGACGGCGAGGCUGCCGCCGCGGCCGGCGGCGACGCCGCUAGCGGAGUGUGCACGGAGACGGCCGGCGGCAGGCAGGCGGAGGAUCCCCGGCGGCAAGAAGCGGAUGGCGGGGCGGGUGGCGAAGAAGAAACGUUCGGGGUGGCUUCGAAGCCCCCGCUGCCCUCCGGGAGCGGGAGACAAAGCGGCUCGCAGAGCCCGGGGGGCGGGCCCUCGAGGCCGCUGGCAUCGGCGGGGCUGCCGGCGGAAGGAGGGGGCGGAGCCGUCGCCCGCGAGGGCAUGGCUAAGCAGAAAGCGCCGACGGCUGUAGACAGGGUGAUCGAGGACGUGGUGACCGCAGCCUUCUUGGCCACGGAUGAGGAGUUUCUGACGACCGCCAGCAAGCCCUCGAGCGGCAGCACCGCCACGACUGCGAUGGUGCUGGGCGAUCGGUUCUACGGCUUCAACGUCGGGGACAGCCGAACCAUCUUGUGCCGCGCCGGCCGUGCGGAGGUCGUGUCCAAGGACCACAAACCUUCACGCGAGGACGAGACGGAGCGGAUCAAGCGCGCCGGGGGAAUGGUGAUCCAAAGGCGGGUCAUGGGCGAGCUGGCGGUGUCCCGUGCGUUCGGCGACCGAGCGUUCAAGGUCGGCAUUAAGGCGAUUUUGAGGGAGGACAGUGGACACCAGCAUGGUUCCGACCUUGACGAUGACCUGGAUGAAGAUGAUGACGAAGACGAUGGCUUGAACCACACGGCGCCACCAACGGGGUCCCCGACCAAUGGCGGCGACGCCGCCGAAGCUCUCGCGCCCGUGAAGGACCCCACGGGGGCUUUCAUCACCGCGGAGCCGGAGAUGCUGUCGUGCCGGAUCACGCCGGAGGAGGAGUUCGUGCUCCUGGCGUGGGACGGGUUGUUGGAUGUGUUCACCAGGGAGGAGGUGGUCAGGAUCGUGCGGAAAGAGCUGCGCAUGCACGGUGACACCCAGCGUGUGUGCGAGACGCUAGUGCGCAAGGCAAUCAACGAGCGGUACACGCAAGACAACGUGUCCGUGGUUCUGGUGGUGCUCAAGAAAUUUUGGUGAAGACCCAACAGUUAAACCUUCCAAGCCCGCAUGUUGCUUCUCGUAAUAUUCCCCAACUUGGGCUUGGAAGCGGCCCAGGAGGACUUGAGACAGUGAAGAUAGGAUAUGCAAAAAAUGUGCAAGUGGGGAGGGGGGGCGGGGGGGGUGUUCUUGUUUUUCAGCCGAUGUAAUUGCGCUCUUGUCGAUGCUUGUGAUCACAACACGCCAAUUUUUCGUCGGUUAAGUACAUUGUGCUUCGUACGGGGGUCGGGAGGGGGGGGGGGGAGGCAAGCGGUACGGAGAGGAGUGUGAAGCAGUGGCUCGGCCAGGGGAGAGAGUGUAUUUGUGAGAUUGGAUUUUUCGUCCGUGGAAUUAAUCGGCAUGUUUUUAAAUGGGGGGCUUGGGGGGGCAUUAGUCGUACCGCGUGGUACACAACACGGGUGGGCAUGCAUUGGGAUACGAUCCCGUUGGAGAAGGUGGCGAAGAGGCCACAUAUGCGUUUGAAGCGGCUCGUGGAGACGGUACGGUCGUAGUCGUUAUAUGUUGCGGAGGCGGAUGUUUUGCAGGGAGGGGGGGAAGCGUUUCGUCGUUACCCCCUGAGCAAGGGUCGGUCUGAAUGGAUAUAUAUGUCGAAAGCGUUCCAGCGAGUGCGAUAUCAAAAUAGUGUUACAAGAUGCGUGGUAGCUCCCCAGUACUUUUCGAGUUGCAUGGCCCCAUCAGUCGCUCUUACGGGGGUGCCUUGGGCAGCUUGGGCUGCCUAAGGAAGAAGUGCGAAAUGUUUUUUGUGUGUGGGUAUUGUUUUAUAGCAGAGCGUGUAGCUCUCGUGUUCCCUACUCUGUAUUUUGACUCGCAACUUGUUGCGCUUACGUAUGUAUCUGCACGAGAUAAGUAACGUAUGGUCUUGCGUGUCAUUCAUCAUGGAUGGGAGGAACGUUUGUCGUGGUAUCGAGGAUAUUUGCGUGAUCCCCUCCCAGACGUCGGUAGUAGCUUCCUGUUCUACCAAAACCAUUGACAGGGGUCAACAUGUACAUCCUUGUCGCCUCUGGAGCUGAUGUAGAGCUCUCUUUAAAGAUGGAGCUGUGUAGCCCCAGGCAAGCGUUCUACUUCUAGGAGGGGGAG